AUGCUUUUCUCCAAACCACUCGGUGUUGUCCUGAUCCAGGUUGCCGCGACUUACGCGAAGUCCACUGCAUCAGGCGGAUGCGGCGAUGCCGACGCCUGCAUUGGAACCGAGCACUGCGUAACCAAAACAUUCACGACCCCCGUCUCAACAGUCGUCACCACCUGCGUCCCCACCCCGACCUGCAUCGGUGUAUACGGAAGCUGUGAUUCUGGCGGUUCCGGUCCGAUGUGCUGCUCGACCUACUGCGCUGCUACCAAAUGCCGCAGCACAGACGACGACUGGCCUAACUGCUCGGAGGACAUGGGACCAUGUAUUGCGGACGAGAAUUGCUGCUAUAAGAAUAAGUGUGUUGAGGGGCUUUGUGUGCGUCCUUCGUCGUGUUUCCCGUCUGGACAUUAG